UGUACGAAUUGACUUGUGAAAAUUGAGGCUUUGGCGCUUCCUUAUAAUCAGUAUAUACUGUAGUUUGAAUACAUUUAUUGUACACGUUCUUUCUCACGGGAGAUGAUUCCAGGACACGCCUUAUUCCGUUGCGAACCAAACGGGACGAGAUGCGACGACUCGGCUGUAUCAGCUGACUUUCUGUCCAGGCAAGGUUCACGAACUUCGGGAGGAAAUUCUAGGCGGCAUCCCCAUACACCCUCAGGGGUCGUUUCGUUAUAUUACGACUACCAUGUUGCAGCUAUCCGCCAACCAACCUUUGGCGCUCUCCUCGGGCCUGGGAGGUGUAAGCAGAUAUGAUCAAGGAAACGGGCGAGCGUAGAGUUGAAUUGUCCGGACGAUUCAAGGUCUGCCGAUCUCAUCGUCAGGCGCACCCAGCCGUCCACUUCCCCAUUUUGUAUCAAUUGCAUGAAUGCGCUGCAUUGCUCAACGGUCACCGGUUUGAUAAUGCCUUGUCUGGUAUAUCAAGCGCUGACUGUGACACAGUUUGACCCUUCUUAUAUUCUUCCUCUAAUGCUUUCUGCAAGUCGAAAUCAAGCUGUCGUUCCCGUUUUAUCCGCUGCUGUUCCAUGUCACGAACAACACCCUGGUGCAUCGCCUUUUUACAGACAAGUCAGAAUCUUUCUCGUAUAUCAUGGAACUGCACCCCGGGCCUUCGUAGGUUGGGUAUAAUACGUAGCGCGCACACACACCUCUUUCUCGAAUUUCUGCUGGAAGUGUACGAAGACCACAGUACUCGCUGCGAAAAGUGAGGUGCCCAGCAGCGUGAGCUGGGAAGCGCGAGACAUGGUGGAGAGGGAAAGAUUGUUGAACAAAGCUCUUCUAUGUAGUCAUGACCGACUUUAUCAAUAGCAGGAUGUAGCAAUGGCGUAAAUCCCAAUGCUCUCGAGGAGGACAGGUGGGAUAAACAGUUAAAAAAAAAAACAAAAGCAAGUGAGGCUUAUCGUCUGAUG